UGAAUAAAAUUAAUAUAAAAAUAAUUAAUUUACAAAAUUGAAAAUGUCAUAAUAAUUUGAAGCUUUGUUCUAGAAAACGAAACAAAAGAAAGGGAAGAGAAGGAGCGGGAUCUCUUCCUCUCUCUCUCUCUCUGUUUUUUUCGUUUUUCAGUUUUUUUCUCCUGGUUCCGCCGCUGCCGCUUCAGCUUCCGCCUUGGCCCGUCGUGCCUAUAAAUACCCUUUGUCUCGAAAUGCAGAAAAGAGAAUCUUCUUCCCCUCCCCUCCCCUUACCCUCUUCCUCCCCUGCCCUGCCCUGCUCGCUUGGUUAUUAAUUAAUUUAUGUAGCAGCUGUCAUCAGUAACAGCAUCGUCCUCCUUUUGCUUUUAACCACCUAAAGGCACUCGAUCUGAUAACAGGGAUUUCGCUCAAUCUUCUUGAAGUAGAAGGGUUUUGGCGAGAAUGGCUGAAGGAGGAAUAUCGAGUUUCUGGGGUCCUGUAACGUCCACGACAGAGUGUUGUGAGAAGAAUUAUGCCUCUUCUUCAUAUAUUGCUGAGUUUCACAACACCAUUUCUAACAUUCCAUGCAUUGUUUUGGCACUCCUGGGUCUUAUAAAUGCGCUGAGGCAACGGUUUGAGAAGAGAUUUAGUGUUCUUCACAUAUCUAACAUGAUUCUUGCUAGUGGCAGCAUGAUUUUCCACGCCACUUUGCAACGUGUGCAACAGCAGAGUGAUGAAACCCCUAUGGUAUGGGAGAUGCUCCUGUAUAUGUACAUCCUCUACUCACCAGAUUGGCAUUAUCGCAGUACAAUGCCCAUCUUCCUCUUUCUGUAUGGUGCUGUUUUUGCUGCUGUCCAUUCAGUGGAUGCCUCUGCGAAGCGGCUUGCAAAGAUGUACGUUGCCACCCUUCUCAUCGGUACUUUGUGCUGGCUUUUCGACCGUAUUUUCUGCAACGAGAUAUCAACAUGGCCCGUCAACCCACAGGGUCAUGCAUUGUGGCAUGUAUUUAUGGGUUUCAAUUCAUACCUUGCAAACACGUUCUUGAUGUUCUGCCGUGCUCGGCAACGAGGAUGGUCCCCCGAAGUGGUCCAUUUCAUGGGUGUUCUUCCAUAUGUGAAGAUUGAGAAACCGAAAGCUCAUUGAAAGAAGUGAAAGGAUGGAAUUAUAGUUUUGGCAGACAAGAAGGCAAAGAACAUUCUUUCUUUUUUUUUGUUCAACUAAACGGAUGUUAAGGAUAAAAAGCAAACGUCAAAAAUCCUCUCGUUUAAGUAGAAUAUGUACCAUAUUUAUAUGCUUUCUGCUGGAAGUUUCAGAUUACAUGGUUUUGAUA